CUAAAUAAAAUACAUACAUAGAUACGUGCAUAAAUGAUGUUUCUAAAGCCAGUAAGAACUAACUAGCUUUAGUCAAGCAGGUUAUUUUUCCUGAUAAAUAUCGUGGCUCACUGUGUCCCCCUCCUUGGUCGUUUAGGGGAAGAUUCUCGUAGGCACUCGGAACGCUGAGAUCAUUGAGGUUGGUGAGAAGAACGCAGCCUGUAACAUUCUGGUGAACGGUCACAUGGAUGGUCCUAUCUGGGGACUGGGAGCUCACCCCACCCGAGACGUCUUCCUGUCCGCUGCUGAGGACGGCACCGUGCGCCUCUGGGACAUCUCAGAAAGGAAGAUGCUGAAUAAAGUGAACCUCGGUCAUCCCGCGCGCGCGGUAAGCUACAGCCCAGAGGGGGACAUGGUGGCCAUUGGCAUGAAGAAUGGAGAGUUCAUCAUCCUCCUUGUUACCUCACUAAAGAUCUGGGGGAAGAAGAGAGACCGGCGCUCUGCCAUACAAGAUAUCAGGUUCAGUCCAGACUCGCGCUACCUGGCUGUGGGUUCCAGUGAGAACGCAGUCGAUUUUUAUGACCUGACGUUAGGACCGCAGCUCAACCGCAUCAACUGCUGUAGGGACAUCCCUAGCUUUGUCAUGCAGAUGGAUUUUUCUGCUGACAGCUGCUUUGUGCAGGUACGGCAUGUUGAGCUGGGUUCGUGCGUUUUUGCUUGCUUGCAUGAGAGAAUGUAAUGCUUAUCAAAGAGU